AUGGAAGGGGGGUGGUCCGGUAGGGGGGGACUCCUCCUUUGCCUCACUGCCAGCCUUCUGCUUCAAGGAAGGGUGAACACUUUCACCAUCAACUGCUCAGGUUUUGAUCAGCAUGGGGUGGACCCUCUUGCCUUCCAAACUGUAUUUAAACAGAAGAACUUCCGUCCAGUCAUCAAUUAUAGCAUCCCUACUCAGGUCAACAUCUCCUUCACUCUGUCUGCCAUCCUGGAAGUGGAUGCACAACUUCAGCUGCUGACAUCAUUUCUGUGGUUAGAUUUGACCUGGAAUAACCCAUUCAUCAGCUGGGACCCAGAAGAAUGUGGUCAUAUCAAUAAACUCACUGUGACAGCUGAGAACCUGUGGCUCCCAGACAUCUUCAUUGUGGAAUCCAUGGAUGUGGAUCAUACCAUGGAAGGCCUCUCGGCGUAUGUGACUAGUGAUGGUCACAUUGUAUAUAGCAAACCAAUGCGGGUGACCAGCAUCUGUAGACUGGACAUCUUCUACUUCCCCUUUGACCAGCAGAACUGCACGUUCACCUUUAGCUCUUUCCUCUACACAGUGGAAAACAUGUUGCUGGGCAUGGAAAAGGAAGUCUGGGAGAUAGCGGAUACCUCGCGUGACAUUGUCAGCACACAAGGGCAGUGGGAGCUCCUGGGCAUCAACAAGGCCAAACCAAAUAUGUCUGUGGGCUCUAGUCUCUUUGACCAGAUCAUGUUCUAUGUGGCCAUCAGGCGCAGACCCAGACGCUAUAUCAUAAACCUUCUGGUGCCCAGUAGCUUUCUGAUGGUCAUUGAUACCCUCAGCUUCUUCCUGCCUGCAGAAAGCGAGAACCGUGCCCCAUUCAAGAUAACCCUUCUGCUGGGCUACAACGUCUUCCUGCUCAUGAUGAAUAAACUACUCCCUGUCAGUGGCACCCCCCUCAUCAGUGUCUACUUUGCCCUGUGCCUGUCACUGAUGGUGGUCAGCUUGCUAGAGACCAUCUUUAUCACCUACCUGCUGCACCUGGCCAACACCCAGCCCCCAUCCAUGCCUGGGUGGCUCCACUCUCUGCUCCUCUACUGCACCAGCCCAAAGAUAUUCUGCCCCACUGCACUCUGGAAGGAGAAUGUGGGUCCAAGACUCACCCCAACCCACCUGCCUGGCCUGACAGAGCCCAGGGGGUUGGUAGGGAAGAAUCUGGAGCCCAGAGAAGCAGAGCUAAAUGGGGACUCAGGAAUGACAAAGACACAGCUAACUGACCUGUGGGUACAGUUCAGCCACAUGAUGGACACCUUCCUCUAUCGCCUCUACCUGCUCUUCUUGGCCUCCACAAUCAUCACAGUCAUCGUCCUCUGGAAUUCCUAG